GUUGGCUCCUUGAGUGACAGUGAUACCACAUCUCCCACCGACCGUGUGUCACAUCCCCGGUAGAACGAACAGAUGAAACUCUUCAAAGAUGUCUCCCUUGUCGCAUGCGUGGCUGAGUUUGUCGGCAUGACCUUGUUUGUGAUAAUCGGUUGUGGCAGUGCGAUGGGUAUCCAGGGUUCCGGCAGCACAGGUGGCAGUGGCGGCGACGAAGAGAGCACUGCGGGAGAGACGACCUCCAUGAUUCCUGGUUGGGUUCUCAUGGUGGCCUUGGUGUUUGGCCUGUCCAUCACGACCUUGGCUUACACCAUCGGACACUACAGCGGCGGCCAAAUGAAUUGCGCUGUGACCCUGGGCCUGGUACUCACGGGCAACUGUGGGCUGAUGCAGGGAAUUUUCAACUUUGGCUCCCAAAUGAUGGGCUCUGUUUGCGGCGCCGCCAUCCUGUGUGCCAUCUUUCCGCCUGAGCUGGACAUGACUAAAAGCCUGGGGUCUAACAGUGUGGGUCCGAAGUGGCAUUGGUGGAACGCUGUGAUUGGCGAGAUGAUGGGCACCUUCCUGCUGGUCUUCGUGGUUCUCCAAACGGCUUGCAACCCAAAGUCGGCCAUGAACCGCAGUCAGGCUUGCAUCGCUAUCGGCCUCGCCGUCUUCAUGGCCCACUGUGUCCUGAUUCCCAUUGAUGGCUGCUCCAUCAACCCUACGCGCUCAUUUGGUCCAGCUCUCAUGUCCCUCACCCGGUUGGAGGCACCCAAGGUUGCCGAACCUACAGCUACGCUGGUGGGUGAGCCAUUGGCAGCUACCGUGGGUGCUGCAACGGAGCCAAAAAUCCAUGAUGACGACGAUGUGCCCGCCUUCUGGCACAGCAAGUGGGUCUUCUGGGUCGGCCCGCUCUUGGGAGCAUGCCUGGCUGCGGCCGUCUACGAGCUCAUGCUCAAGCUGGAUGCGGCUGCAGAGCCAGCAAAGGAGAUGGCCGCUGAGCCGGAGGCGGCAGAUGGUCUCCCAAGGAUCUUGGGCAACAAGGGAGGCAACAAAAAUCUCGGUCAGAAGGAGAGCACCUCGGCGAUGUCUUCCGAGGAGAGCACCUCGGCGAAGUCUUCCGAGGUAGUCUAGUGCAGCGUCAGUCGAGCUUAGCACUUGAGCAGGCCAGUACCUAUGGUCUGCAGUUUAAAACUUACAGUCUCCUUCUUUUCCCUUUGGCUGGGUCCAAUAAGAGGCUCAGGGCUCAUGGUUGGAGACAAUUUUGGGACACAACGUUUGCCCCUCUGGUAAACGAAUUAGGAAACAUUCAGCAUCUCAGUGCUGGCGACUGCGGAUUGCGUCGACCACACCACACAGUGCUGGAGAGUCUUGGAAAACAA